AUGGUAAAGGCCAGCACCGAUGGCAUAUGGGGCCACUUGGAGGCCAUUGUCAACUUGUUCCUAAGCUCCAGGGUUCUCCCUGGGAUGCUAAAGGAGGCCGUGGUUAGACCUCUCCUAAAGAAGUCAUCUUUGGACCCCACCGAUCUAGUCAAUUACUACCCAGCUUUCAACCUGCCAUUCUUGGCCUGCUUGUCCUCUGUUUGGCUGAUGGAAUGGAAGGCACUGGAUGAAUACGUCAACCUCCCUGACUCUCACUAUGAAUAUAACUUGCUGUCGAAGAAGGAAGAACUUUUCCUUGUCUUUGUAGCCACAUUUCAUACCAUCAAAAUGACCUCCCAGAAGUGGCUGGAUGAAUCUGAAGUGGACAAACCAAUUUGGCGGCAUGAACUGACGAUUGUUGUGCCCAAAAAGAAGGAAAUUAAUAAUGCAUCAUGCCUCCUCAUAAUCACUCCUGCGAAAAAUGAUGGAUCUGCUUCCAGUAUUCUUUCUUCAAAAGAUCAUCUGAUAUAUUUAGCAGACAGAUCUAAAUCGAUCGUAGCAGUGCUGAGGCAGGUUCCCUUCCAGCCACUGACCUUUCAUAAACACCCAUUAGGACGUAAGAAAAUCAAAGGAUUGGAUAUAUUUGCAUAUUCCUGGUGGAGGUUUAUGAAUGAUCCAGAUGCACCACCACACUGGCUUGUGCAAUUCCCGAUGGUCAAGGCCACCGUGAGAGCCAUGGACACGAUCACAGACUACAUGAUGAAAACAAUGAAGAAAAACAUCACCCGGUUCACACUGACAGGUAUUUCCAUGGAUGGAUGGAUCACUUGGCUGACUGCAGCAGUCGACAGCAGAGUUGCUGCAAUUAUUCCCAUUGGCAUGGAUUUUCUCAACCUCACAGAGAGUUUCCCCCACCAAUACCGAGCAUAUUGUGGCUGGUCUUACAGGCUAAGAGCCUUCUAUGAGAUGAAUAUAACCCAAGAGUUGGACCACCCCCGUUUCAGUCUUCUGGCUUCUCAUUUGGACCCACUGGCAUACAAUGAGCGGUUCACAAACAUAUCCAAGUUCAUAAUCCUUGCAUCGGGGGAUGAAGUCUCCGUGCCUGACAACUCCCAUUAUUACUUUCCCUACCUAGAAGGAGAGAAGCAUCUCCACAUCAUCCCAAAUGCUGAUGACAGAUUUCUAGGUAUAGAAAUUCUAUCAGAUCCAAUUCUCGUUUCCUAUACGCGGGUCAAAAAUAAUUAUCCACGUCCCUCAGUCUCUUGGCAGAGAAUAAUGACAAAUUCCACUGGAAUCAUCUAUUUCAAUUCAUCCCCAGAACCCAAUGAAAUUUUCUCUUACCAUGCUGAUACUGUUGGGGGAACCAGGCGAGACUUCAGGAUGAGGAUAGGAGCUGGAAAUUCUUUUCAGAACAACAAUGUUAAAUGGACAAAGACCAAUGUUGAGCAUGUGAAAAUUCGUCAGUAUAAGAAGGAAUUGGAAAUUCCAGCAGAGGGAUGGAGGGCCUUCUUCGUUCAGGCCAUCUUUCCAAUGGAUGUCAGUGGUGCGAAGUUGGUGUUUACAUCAGAAAUCCACAUCAUUCCAGACACUUUCCCAUGUCCUAAUUGCGAUGGAUGCCAUGGUACACUGGUCUGAAAACAAGGAACAACGAUGAAGCAAUUUGCUUUUCCUAAGGGAAUUUUGGUGGUGGUUCUAGAACUUAGGUGGUAUAACAAAGGAAAAGGUAUAAGGUAGAAGUGUGCUGAAAAUGAAGCUCUAAUGUUAGAUAGUUUUGCUUUGGUUCUAAAAAAACCUGUGUUCUCAUCAUUAGAAUAUUAGACUAAGAUUGAGAAGCCCUAGUUUCAAAUCCUCGCUGAACUGAGUUUCAAAUGCUUGCUGGCCAUCUUGCAGCUUUAGCUUGGGGCUGAUACUCUCUCUCAGUUUAUCUAUCUUAGGGGGUUGUCGUGAAGGUAAAAAUGGGGGGUUGGACCGUACAUACUGUCCUGAGUUCACUGGAGAACAGGUGGGAUAAAAAAAAUCACAAAAUAAGAGCAAAGACACUGCAGACAUUUGUCUGGGCAUAGAGAACUGUAAGGCUGAGAGAGUCAGAGUGUCAGAAAACUUCACUACAGAAAAUAAGACAGAUGAAUAAGAACUAAAAUGCUAUUGACAGAGCUCUUCACUGAGGCUGUUUUCUUUGUCAUUUCUGUCUUCCAUUUUUGCUAAGAAAACUACCUGAGAUACCAACAUAGCAAAUAGCAUGCAAGUGAUGGAGUUUCACACUUACCAUACUGACAGGUUUAUCAUCUCAAUUCUACCUUCUCUGGGGCUGCAAUUGACCCCACUGGGGCAAACAUCCACAAUGCAGUCUAGGGAGACAAUGGAAAUAUCCCUAAACGUUGCUGAAAACACUUUCUGUCAUAAUGUGGCUCUGUUCUGAAAUGAAUCACACACAACCACAAGGACGCCAUCCAUUUGGCCCCCGGUGCCUUGAAGGACACAAUCCACUAAGCAGCAGAGACAAGGUUGCCCAUCCCAAGCUGCACAAAUGGGCCAAAGUUCAAAUUCCAGCUCCGCCUCAGAUACUUGAGGAAAUCUGUGUAACUUGGGGACAUAGCAUUUUAAAAUGCAUCUUCUAUCUUGCUAGUAUGUUAUGGAAAAAUUGCUAGCCAAAAUUAUAUUUACAUAAUUA